CCCACCCCACAGGUUUUGUGGUUCUUCGUUCUUCCUCGUUUCUCUGCUCUAACGUGUCUCCUGCAUUCCUUUCCUUCUCCAUCGGCCCCUCCUUCUAAUCGCCUGCGUCGAAGAUUCUGCUACUUGCAGUUGUUAGCUUCGGCAGUCUAUCUUACAAUGGAGAAUGAAGAAGAUGCAGUCAAGAAGUCACAGGUGGUGGAAGCUCGGGCUAGGAACAUUAGUCACAAUGUCCGUUGCACCGAGUGUGGGAGCCAAUCCAUUGAAGACUCACAAGCAGAUGUCGCUAUCCUGCUCAGGAAGUUGAUUCGUGAUGAAAUUCGAUCUGGCAAAACUGAUAAAGAUAUCUAUAAAAAGCUUGAGGAGGAUUUUGGAGAGACUGUUCUCUAUGCACCACGUUUUGAUCUUCAAACUGCAGCUUUGUGGCUGUCACCGUUUUUGGUUACAGGUACAGCUGCAGGAAUAUGGGCUUAUCAAAAGCAUAGACAAAGGACUAACACUCACAUAAUGGCAUUGAACCUUGUGAGAGGUGUUCCAUUGACCCCCAAAGAGAAGCAGACAAUGCUAGAGGUUUUGACACCUCCUCCAUCACGAGGAGUAAAGAAAUGGUGGAGCCAAUGAAGCCAUGCCUUUGUAUAGUUGCAUUGGCUAUAUUAUCCAUUUUACAAGGCUUGGAAUGUUAGAACUGUAAGCAUGCUUUGGUCCGAG